AUGGUGCGCACCACAGCUCUGCUCGCGGCCACGGCUGCGUUCGCUCUCGAUGUCAACGCCGAGAGCAUGUACACCAAGAAGUCGGGUGUGCUCUCCAUCAACGGACCGGACUAUGACCGGCUCAUCGCCAAGUCCAACUAUACUUCUAACCUCAAGCCCGCAUACGAAACCGCCGCCAAAUCCCUCGCCGGUAUCGCCAAGGUCGCCGCCGUCAACUGCGAUGAGGAGAUGAACAAGCCCUUCUGCGGGCAGAUGGGCGUCCAGGGCUUCCCUACACUGAAGAUUGUGCGCCCCGGCAAGAAGCCAGGCAAGCCCAUCGUAGACGACUACCAGGGCGAGCGCACUGCCAAGGGCAUCGUCAACGCCGUCAAGGACAAGGUGCCAAACUCGGUGAAGCGAGCGACCGACAAGGACCUCGGCGCAUGGCUGGAGGCAAACAAGGACACCGCAAAGGCUAUCCUGUUCAGUGACAAGGGGGUUGUGAGCGCUACCCUGAAGGCCCUCGCCAUCGACUUCGCCGGCAUCGUGUCUGUCGCCCAGGUCAAGAAGACGGAGAAGGAAGCGGUCGAGAAGUUUGGCAUCACCACCUUCCCAAGCCUGGUCCUCCUGAAGCCUGGCUCGGAGGAGCCCAUCAAGUUUGACGGCAAGGUCGAGAAGGAGGCCAUGGUCAAGUUUCUGUCGCAGGUCGCCCCGCCAAACCCCGACUGCCCACCGCCGAAGGAGAAGAAGCCCAAGGCGAAGAAGGACACUAAGAAGGACGCCAAGGCUUCCAGCAAGCUCUCCAAGGCUUCGGCCGCACACAAGUCUGAAGACGCAUCCUCUGCUGCUGCGUCCGCCACCGAAGAGGUCGUUGAAGAGCCCGUCGUCCCCACCGAGUCGCCCGGCCCCAACGUCAAGAACGAGGAUGCGCCCGAGCCCAUCGAACUUCCCACGGACGAUGUCCAGCACACCCUUCCCUCCAUCGCCGACGCUUCCGAGCUCCAAGCUCUCUGCCUGAACGAGCAGAGCAAGACCUGCAUCCUCGCUAUCCUCCCCAAGGACGAGUCUUCAAGCACAACGGGGGAUGUCAUCAUCGCACUCGCCGAUAUCCACAAGAAGCACGACACCGCAUCAAGCCGCUUGUUCCCCUUCGUCACCGUCCCCGACUCGAACCCUCUCGCAGCGUCGCUGCGCUCGUCCUUGAGCCUGGGCGGCGACGACCAGACGCACCUUGUCGCUACCCACGGCAAGCGCGCGUGGUACAAGAAGUACACUGGCAGCGCUUUGACUGCGGCCGAGGUUGAGGCCUGGGUCGAUGCAAUCCGCAUGGGCGAGGGCAAGAAGGAGAAAUUGCCCAAGGAGCUUCUCGCUGAGGCUGAGAGGCAGCCCGAGCACAACGAGUUGUGA